UCUGACAAACAGCAUUAAAUUUGAAAAUGGAUCAUAUCAGUAUGAAGAUGUAUUGAUACCAAAAGAAAAAACGCGGGAAUACAAUUACCAAAUUUUAUUUAAUGGCUUUUACGAAACGGUCCCCAAACAUAUAAGGGGUUGUGUAUGUCAUUUAAAAACGUGUAUACGAUUUUGCUGUAAUCCAAAACAAUUACUAUUGAACGGUAAACGGACUUGCGGAAAUGUUGACGACAAUGUACAUUAUAAUACGUUAUUAAACAUAACAUAUAAUGAACCACUAACGAAAAAUAUAAGCGACUUGGAAUUCAUGGUGCAACAGCAUCUUCCUGUACCUUGUGAUGAUCAUUUAUCAAUUGAACCUGACAAUGCAAAUCUCGUGUGGACUUUAUAUGAGAAUGGCACGCUUCUCAGACACAAUGACAGCGCACUACUUACAAAACGGGAUUAUUGUCUACAGCCUCGCAAAAUUCAGGAUUUAUACAAACUUGUUCCUCAUCAUUGUCCUAUUCCUAUAGAUCGAAGUAACGCUUAUAUUCAAUCGGUAUCGAUAUUCUUCAUGCUUAUGAUCAUAUUUGUGUAUUCAAUUUUACCGAAUUUUAAAGAAGAUUAUGGUCUAUGCAGCCUAUGCUAUUUCGGUUGCUUGACUCUAAGUUUUAUACUCAUUAUCAUAGUAUGA